GUGGGAUUUUUGAGUCCGUCGAGAGUGGCCCAUCAGGCGCCGAGGAACUAGCCUUUAAAUUUGCUUUAAACACAAUCAACAGGAACAGAACCUUACUGCCAAACACCACGCUCACCUACGACAUCCAGAGGAUAAACAUCUAUGACAGCUUCGAAGCCUCCAGGAAAGCCUGCGACCAGCUCUCACUGGGGGUGGCGGCCAUCUUUGGACCGUCUCACAGUUCCUCGGCCAACGCAGUCCAGUCCAUCUGUAACGCCCUGGGAGUCCCUCACAUCCAAACCAAGUGGAAACACCAGGUAUCGGACAACAGAGACAUCUUCUACGUCAGCCUGUAUCCAGACUUCUCCUCUCUGAGCCGGGCCAUCCUGGACCUGGUCCACUUCUUUAAAUGGAAGACGGUCACUGUGGUUUAUGACGACAGCACUGGAUUGAUUCGGUUGCAAGAACUCAUAAAGGCGCCGUCCCGGUACAACAUCCGGUUAAAGAUCCGGCAGCUGCCUGCAGACACCAAGGAUGCUAAACCGCUGCUAAAGGAGAUGAAGAGGGGGAAGGAGUUCCACAUCAUCUUUGACUGUGGCCACGAGAUGGCUGCUGGGAUUCUAAAGCAGGCUCUGGCCAUGGGGAUGAUGACAGAGUAUUAUCACUAUAUCUUCACCACACUGGAUCUGUUUGCUCUGGAUGUGGAGCCGUAUCGAUACAGUGGUGUGAACAUGACGGGCUUCAGGAUCCUCAACACGGAGAACAGCCAGGUGGCCUCCAUCAUCGAGAAAUGGUCCAUGGAGCGCCUGCAGGCUCCGCCCAAACCUGACUCUGGUCUACUGGACGGCUUUAUGACCACGGACGCCGCGCUGAUGUACGAUGCCGUGCACGUGGUGGCCGUGGCUGUGCAGCAGUCUCAGCAGAUCACCGUCAGCUCGUUACAGUGCAACCGACACAAACCCUGGCGCUUCGGCAACCGCUUCAUGGCCCUCAUCAAAGAGGCUCACUGGGACGGCCUGACCGGCCGAAUCACUUUCAACCGCUCCAACGGUCUGAGGACGGACUUUGACCUGGACGUCAUCAGUCUGAAGGAGGAGGGGCUCGAGAAGAUUGGUACCUGGGAUCCUCCGAGUGGUCUGAACAUGACUGACAACCAGAAGGGAAAGACCACGAACGUCUCUGAUUCGUUAUCUAAUCGCUCCCUGGUCGUCUCCACCAUCCUGGAGGAGCCGUACGUGAUGUUCAAGAAGUCAGACAAGCCGCUGUACGGGAACGACCGCUUCGAGGGCUACUGCAUAGACCUGCUGAGGGAGCUGUCCAGCAUCCUGGGCUUCACGUACGAGGUCCGCCUAGUGGAGGACGGGAGGUACGGCGCUCAGGACGAGAACACGGGCCAGUGGAACGGCAUGGUGAAGGAGCUGAUGGACCACAGAGCUGACCUGGCAGUGGCUCCCCUCGCCAUCACGUACGCCCGCGAGAAGGUUAUCGACUUCUCCAAGCCCUUCAUGACGCUGGGUAUAAGUAUACUGUACCGCAAGCCCAACGGGACCAACCCUGGGGUCUUCUCCUUCCUCAACCCCCUCUCGCCCGAUAUCUGGAUGUAUAUUCUGCUGGCCUACUUGGGUGUCAGUUGUGUGCUGUUUGUCAUAGCCAGGUUUAGUCCCUACGAGUGGUAUAACCCCCACCCUUGCAACCCCGACUCGGAUGUAGUGGAAAACAAUUUCACCCUGCUAAAUAGUUUCUGGUUCGGAGUUGGAGCUCUCAUGCAGCAAGGCUCUGAGCUCAUGCCGAAAGCCCUCUCCACCAGAAUUGUAGGAGGAAUCUGGUGGUUUUUCACGCUCAUCAUCAUCUCCUCCUACACGGCAAACCUGGCAGCCUUCCUCACCGUGGAGAGGAUGGAGUCGCCCAUCGACUCCGCCGAUGACCUGGCCAAGCAGACCAAGAUAGAAUACGGGGUGGUGGAGGACGGCUCCACCAUGACCUUCUUCAAGAAAACAAAGAUCUCCACCUAUGAUAAGAUGUGGGAGUUCAUGAGCAGUCGGAGGCACUCAGUGAUGGUGAAGAACAUUGAGGAUGGCAUUCACCGUGUGCUCACCUCGGACUACGCGUUCCUCAUGGAGUCCACGACCAUCGAGUUUGCCACUCAGCGCAACUGUAACCUCACCCAGAUCGGAGGCCUUAUUGACUCCAAAGCCUACGGGGUCGGCACCCCAAUGGGCUCCCCGUACAGAGAUAAGAUCACUAUUGCCAUCCUGCAGCUCCAGGAGGAAGGGAAGCUGCACAUGAUGAAGGAGAAAUGGUGGCGAGGAAACGGCUGCCCGGAGGAGGAGAGCAAGGAGGCCAGCGCCCUCGGGGUGCAGAACAUCGGAGGGAUCUUCAUCGUCCUGGCUGCCGGACUCGUCCUCUCGGUGUUCGUGGCUGUGGGAGAGUUCCUCUACAAGUCCAAACAGAACGCACAACUGGAGAAGAGGUCCUUCUGCAGUGCCAUGGUGGACGAGCUGAGGGUUUCUCUGAAGUGCCAGCGCCGCCUCAAACACAAACCCCAGCCACCCGUCAUGGUGAAAACGGAGGAGGUCAUCAACAUGCACACCUUCAACGACCGCAGACUGCCAGGGAAAGAGACCAUGGCGUAA